UUGCAGGAAAAAGUAUUAAUCCAGAAAAAAGAAAAUUGUGUUGAGAAGACUUGAGGGAUUUCUGCGGGAUGUCCAACAAAGGUGUCGAGACGCAAAUUAUAACAAGGAAAAGACACCUUGAAGAUGAUAAUGAAAACAGUGAAAAUGCUCUAGGGAAUGGAAAUAACUUUGAUAAAAUUGCAUUUGGAUCAGCGGGCGGUUAUGAUACGGACGUAUAUGGAAGUGUUCGAGGACAGCGUAAAAAUGAUUACUUAACAUCAAUAAAUGCUGGCGAUGAGGAGGAAGACGCGGAAGAUGAAUUGGUUGGUCCGAUGGCUGCUGCUAAAGCAGCCUAUUCUGCUCCGAAGCGCUUUGUAGAGGAAGCUGCAAGACAUGGACAGGGAGAUGAUCCAUUUGCGGAAACGAGAACAAAGACAAUUGCUGAAAGGCAGAGUAAUUACCAAGCGAGAGCUCGUCAACGACAAAUUUCUCCUGAACGAGCAGAUAUGUUUGCUGAUCAAACACCUGAUGUUCGGGAUCGUUCUUAUGCUCAGAUCAUGAAGGAACAGAUGUUACGUGAAGAAACGGAUAAAGUGGAGAAAGAAUUGGCUGACAAAGCAAAAUCUGGUGAACUGAAAAUUACAAAACCAGCUGCUCCAGCACAGAAAAGAGGACGUUGGGAUGAGACACCAAAAAUUGAGGCGCUUGGUGCGGGAGCCCUAACACCUCAAACACCUGGUUCCACCCAGCGAAGGCGUUUGACACUUACGUCGAAUAUAUCUGCUGCUGCUGCAGAAGUUGCAACUCCACGUGUUGCCCGGUGGGAUGAGACACCAGCUCACGCGGCAGGAGUCGAUGCAACUCCUACUUCUGGAGCAAAAGCAUGGGAUGCGACGCCAUCAACUCAGACACCUCGUCGAAAUCGUUGGGACGAAACUCCACACGAAUCUGUGCGUGAUGGAAUGACGCCAUCAGCAAGGGAGGGAAUGACCCCAGGUUGGGGAGCGGAAACUCCCCGAGACGCUCGUGCAUUUGAAGAUGUCAAGAUUGAGGAAACACCGAGUGAAUCAAAACGUCGGUCGCGUUGGGACUUAACUCCAUCUGCUGCCACACCGGUUGCUGCAGCUGCAACACCAUCAAGUACUCAUAUGGCCGGUGGUGCAACACCAUCAGGUUUUACACCAAGCGGAGCAGGAAUGACACCAUCAAUGAUGACACCUGGUGGAACCACACCUAUUGGUACACCUGCAAUGGGACUUAAAACUCCAAUUAUGCCAAUGGUACCGAUGACACCAGAUCAGAUGGCACUUUUCAAGUGGGAAAGAGAGAUUGAUGAAAGGAACAGGCCUUUGUCUGAUGAAGAACUAGAUGCAUUGUUCCCGCCGGGAUACAAGGUGUUGCCACCACCAAAUGGCUACAUACCACUUCGAACCCCGGGUCGUAAGCUUUUAGCAACGCCUACCCCAAUGGGGGCAACAGGAACACCAAUGGGAUUCAUCAUGCAAGGAACACCAGAACGACCUGGUUUGGCCGAUAAAGGUGUUGCUGGAUUGAUUGAUACCCAACCAAAAAAUGCAGAGUUGCCUCCACUGAAGCCGGAGGAUAUUCAGUAUUUUGACAAGCUCUUGAUGGAAGUGGACGAAAGCACACUGAGCAAGGAAGAAUUGAUUGAACGUGAAAUUAUGACUUAUCUUUUAAAAAUCAAAAACGGGACACCUCCGCAACGAAAAUCUGGUUUGCGUAAGAUCACAGAAAAUGCACGACGUUUUGGAGCUGGAGCGCUUUUUAAUCAAAUAUUACCUCUUUUGAUGUCUCCUACACUAGAGGAUCAGGAAAGGCAUUUGAUGGUGAAGGUGAUCGAUCGUGUUUUAUAUAAGCUUGAUGAUCUCGUUCGACCAUAUGUCCAUAAAAUAUUGGUCGUUAUUGAACCGUUGUUGAUCGACGAAGAUUAUUACGCACGUGUUGAAGGAAGGGAAAUUAUUUCAAAUCUUGCAAAGGCAGCCGGUCUGGCGACAAUGAUUUCGACGAUGCGGCCAGAUAUUGAUAAUGUCGACGAAUAUGUACGAAAUACAACAGCUCGAGCUUUUGCUGUUGUCGCUUCAGCUCUUGGCAUUCCAGCUCUUCUUCCGUUUCUGAAGGCAGUUUGUAAAAGUAAAAAAAGUUGGCAAGCAAGGCACACGGGUAUUAAGAUAGUGCAACAGAUGGCUAUACUUAUGGGAUGUGCAGUUUUACCACAUCUCCGUUCACUUGUUGAAAUUGUGGAAACAGGCCUCGUUGAUGAUCAGCAAAAGGUGCGGACAAUAACAGCUCUUUGUUUGGCAGCUCUUGCUGAAGCUGCAACGCCGUACGGUAUCGAAGCAUUUGACUCUGUUUUAAAGCCACUUUGGAAGGGUAUUCGGUCACAUCGGGGGAAGGGUCUUGCUGCCUUUUUAAAGGCAAUCGGUUUCCUGAUUCCUUUGAUGGAUGCUGAAUAUGCAUCUUACUAUACGCGUGAAGUAAUGCUUAUAUUGAUUCGAGAAUUUGCAUCUCCCGACGAAGAAAUGAAGAAAAUUGUGCUGAAGGUAGUAAAACAGUGCUGCGCAACGGAUGGUGUUGAAGCGGCUUAUAUCCGUGAUGAAAUCCUAGCACAUUUCUUCAAAGCAUUUUGGAACCAUCGUAUGGCACUUGAUCGACGUAACUACCGACAGCUGGUCGAUACUACUGUGGAAAUGGCGCAAAAGGUGGGUUCAGCAGAAAUGAUUGCACGAAUAGUAGAUGAUCUGAAAGAUGAAAAUGAAUUGUAUCGGAAGAUGGUUAUGGAAACAAUUGAAAAUAUUGUCUCAUUGAUGGGAGCAAAUGAAAUCGAUGCACGCUUGGAGGAACAGCUUAUUGAUGGUAUUGUAUAUGCCUUCCAGGAACAAACGCAGGAAGAUGCAGUAAUGUUGGAUGGAUUUGGUACAGUUUGCAAGGGUUUGGGUCGGCGUACAAAACCAUAUCUUCCUCAGAUCUGUGGUACUAUACUGUGGCGUCUUAAUAACAAAUCUGCUAAAGUUCGACAGCAGGCUGCUGAUUUGAUAGCCAAGCUCGCUCCAGUUAUGAAUAUUUGUCAAGAAGAAAAGCUUAUGGGGCAUUUGGGUGUUGUUUUGUAUGAGUAUCUUGGUGAAGAAUACCCAGAAGUGCUGGGAUCGAUUUUGGGUGCUCUAAAAGCAAUUGUUAACGUUAUUGGUAUGACAAAGAUGACACCACCAAUUAAAGACCUUCUGCCACGUUUGACGCCAAUUUUAAAGAAUCGACAUGAAAAAGUACAAGAGAACUGUAUUGAUCUAGUUGGUCGCAUUGCUGAUCGUGGAAGUGAAUUUGUAUCAGCUCGGGAAUGGAUGCGAAUAUGCUUCGAAUUAUUGGAAUUAUUGAAGGCUCAUAAAAAGUCGAUUCGUCGCGCGGCAAUUAAUACGUUUGGAUACAUUGCAAAGGCAAUUGGUCCUCAUGAUGUUUUGGCGACACUUCUUAACAAUCUCAAGGUGCAGGAACGCCAACUUCGUGUAUGCACCACAGUUGCUAUUGCUAUUGUGGCUGAAACAUGUGCUCCUUUUACUGUGCUGCCAGCUAUAAUGAAUGAGUACCGUGUUCCGGAGAUCAACGUACAGAAUGGAGUUCUUAAGGCGCUCUCCUUUAUGUUUGAGUACAUUGGAGAAAUGGCCAAAGAUUAUAUAUACGCAGUCACUCCUCUUUUAGUAGAUGCUCUGAUGGAGAGAGAUAUUGUACACCGGCAAAUAGCAAUGGAUGCUGUUGCGCAUUUAACUUUAGGUGUUUAUGGUUUUGGCUGUGAAGAUGCAUUAAUCCACAUUUUCAAUUAUGUAUGGCCGAAUAUGCUUGAAAACUCACCACAUGUAAUACAACGGUUUGUUUUUGCCUGUGAUGCCAUGCGUGUAUCGCUUGGCCCAAUCAAAGUACUUCAGUACUGUCUUCAAGCUCUAUGGCAUCCAGCAAGAAAAGUUCGCGAGCCAAUUUGGAAGGUCUUCAACAAUUUGAUUUUGGGUUCUCAAGAUGCUUUGGUUUCUGGAUACCCGCGAGUACCUAAUACUGAAAGGAAUAAUUUUGUGAGAUAUGAGCUUGAUUAUGUACUUUAG